UUCACAUUAUGUCUCAGUUUAGAUCCUUUAUAUCCAGUUCAACACUCAAGACAACUGUUCGGCCAGCAGUUGUCAUCAGAGUCUGUGUGUAUGAGAGAUGCAUAGAGCGCUUGUCUGUUUACUUGCAUUCUCUGGCAGCGCUCGCCGGCUCUGAAAUGCCAUGAGGGAGGCUGUGCAUGUAUGUGUGCGUUUAAAUCCAGACCCUCCGGCUAAUAAAGGGGGCAGUUCAUGUCACACUGUACCAUGUGUGGGUGGUGGGUGGCCCAAGCCCGACCUUCCUCUUCUUGUCUCUCUUGGUCUUUGCAGCCUUGUGUGUAACAAAACUCUGUCUUUCCGCUGUGUUGAUUUUCCUAUCAGACGCCUAUCAUGCCUUUUCUCCUGGGGUUUAGAAAGGGACGAUUGAUUUGUGUAGGAGUCAACAACCAGAGCUACUACUGUGAUUCAGGCUACUGUUGUGAUGAAUCUCAGUGUUGCAGCUAUUACUACGAGGUGUGGUGGUUUUGGUUGGUCCUGACACUUAUCGUCAUUCUGGGCUGCUGCUGUGUUUGUCAUCACCGUAGAGCCAAACACAGACUGCAACAACAGCAGCGGCAGCACGAGAUCAACCUCAUCGCCUACAGAGAAGCCCAUAACUACUCCUCUCUGCCCUUCUACUUCAGGUUUCUACCUGGCUACCUCUUACCAGCCUAUGAGGAAGUAGAGAACAGACCUCCAACACCCCCUCCUCCAUACAGUGCCUCUCAGCCGGGCCACUCCACCAGCUCUGACCCCUUGUGCUCCGAACAACCGGACGAGCUCUGCCCUCCACUGCAGUCCAGCCCCGUCACCCCGUCUGCAUCCGAAAACCACUCUCCAGAGCCCUGCACAGAGCAGCCACAGACUCCCACCACACACCACCCUGCCAAACCACAGUACCUCAGCCUAGAGGAGGACGGGCGACUCCAGCAGGUGGCAUGCGCGACCUCACACAGCCUGCUCAAACAGGACAGCUCGGGCGAAGACCUGAGCCAACCUGGAGACUGUUCUCCUGACAGCAAAGAUAAGACUCCCGGUCGGCACCGGCGCUUCACUGGUGAUUCCGGCAUCGAGGUGUGUGUGUGCAACCAGGGGCCUGGGGAUGGGGAGGAAGAAGAGGAGAUGAAAGAGCUUGUAGGGCAUAUGGAUGCAAGGGGGCUGGAGGAGCAGGACUUCUGUGAUAGUUGCAACCCUCGCAGCAGCAGCCCUCCUCGGGGCCCAGGGGACGUGGAGCAGGGUUUGGCUGAUUCAGAUGUGCCUCUGGAGCCUCAACGACCCCCGGUCUGCCUCCAACUGCACACCAUCAGCGAACAGGAUGGCCCGAAUCACACCAGCAACACAGACCCCCCGAGUUGAGCACAACUGCUUCCAGCAGAGACUUCCCAUAGACUGCUGUCUCCCUUUACUUUCUCCAGAUACAUCAGUUUGUACUGUCAGCAAUGUCACUUUGGGUGUACUUUUCAUGUGUGUGUUUGUGUGAGUGAGUGAAAGAGAUUUAAAAGGGUGUUAACGCGUGAGUGCUAACGGUUUUAUGGAUUAAUAGGGUAAUCUAGUAAAGACUUUAAUAGGUCUGUUGCCUCGCAGAGAGGUCGCGAUCAAAGCCACAGGGGAAAUUCUCCUCCGUUUAUAGCCUUAUCCAGCUCCAGGUGACAUGCCUGUAGAUUUGGAAGAUUUAUGUUGGUUUUUGGGAAGCGGAUUGACUCCUGCUUCGGAUGAAGAUGGCACUCAAGGUCGGUGGACAUUUUACUGGCUUUUCACUCCUUUACUUUCAAUACUUAAAGGGAAGUUCUCAGAGAAAUGAAAGUUCUGGCGAUUCCUCACCCUCACGUUAUUUUGAAUGCAUGAAGGCCUAUUUAUUCCUACAUAUUCAAAUUAUGCUUAACUGUGGAUGGACGGGUCAGCACAUGCGUUUAUCUGUCUUAACAUCAACCUUACGUGUGCACUGCUGUCUACGCUUGAACAGUCUGCUCCAAUGUCUACUGAUCCUUAAAAGGACAUCGUGUGGAGUGUCUACCAAAGUAUACUUGGGUCUUAAGACUUUAUUUUUUAAAUCUUAAAUUAUUUAGUUUAGUUUAAAAAAAAAAAGAAAUCAGUUGAAAGUUCAUUUCACCUAAACAAUCUUCAAAAAAUAACAAGUUAGUAAAGAGAAUAGCUGUGUCUCAUUUCAGAGGCUGCAUCCUCUGAAGGAUACAGACUUUAAAGAUGAAUCUGUUGAAGUCCACACAGGCUGAACCGAGCUUUUUGAAAUGAUACGAUCUUGCACACAGAGGACACAUCUCACCACCUAGCAACCGUAACAGCUGCCGUUUAUAAGCAGUAAUAACAUUAAGUGAUUUUAAGAGAUCUGAAGGCAAAGUGAAGUUUAUAGAAGCUGGUAAUGCAUUUCCUUUCCAUACAUGUACACACACAAGUGUAAGCUGUCUAUAAAGUCUCUCUUUAGUAAGACAUGUCAUAGUCUUAUUGUUUUUUAACAUGCGUUUAGAUAUCCAAGUAAAAUAAUCCUAAUUCAUUCAUUUAAUCCAGAUUUUUCUUUUUUAAAACAUCCUGCCGUUGUCAGCACGCAACCAAUCUUGAGACGUUAGAGGCCGCAAAGGAUCCUUCGGUUGUGUCCUACAUUACCUGGGAAACGAAGGACGCACUUUGAGGCUGCAUUUGAAGGAGCUUUUGAAUCUUUUAAAAAUGACACUGUCUUCGUUGCACCUCUGACACAGAGCCCUUCAAAUGCAUCCUUUGGAGGAUACAGCCUCUGAAAUGAGACACGGCUAAUGAAUAAAAAUGUUAACUGACUCCACAAUGUAAAAAAUGCUGGGUUCCAUACACAUCCUUCAUGUUGUCCCAACACAAAUCGAUUAAGUUAAUUGUUUUUAUAAAUUUAAGUGGGUUGAACAUAAAACAAUUAAGUUGUCUAAAAAAAAACGUUGUUUAAACAAACUGAAAAAAUAAUUUUUUUGACUGCAUACACAUAUAGAUGGUGGACAUCAGACAGGGUAAAGAAGCUGAAACAUGAUUGUCAACUACUAAGAACCAAUGAGAGCAGGUUGCUCAAUGUUUAUAUCUGAAUUAAAGCCUACAUUUGAAAGACUUGGUUUAAACUGCUUAAUAUGAAUUUCAUUAAUAUAUUUAUUAUUUUUAUUUGAUAGAAUAUCAAAAAGAUAGAAAACUCAAUAGGAGUUUGAGUUAAAAUGCAAAAAAAAAAAAAAAAAAAAGACAAAGUCAUGCCUUUAGAACAAGGUGAGGGUGAGAAACAGAAAUUUAAUUUUUAGGUGAGCUGUUCCAUCAUGAUUAUAUUGUGCACAAAAAAGGGAAAGGCAGCCAAGAGCAGUCUGCUUACACUUCAGAGCUUUAAUAUUCUUUCUUGUCUUUAUUGUUGUUUUUGUUUUCCUGAUAAUCUUGAUCUGGAAUAUUGCUUAAUGCUGUUCAGAAAAAAAAAUGAAGGAAAAUAAUUACCUAAAUACUUCUUUAUGUUUCAGUAUCAACAAGCGUGAACGUGCUUCCUGCCCAGCAGGGUUAGGUUGCCAUUUUGUUUCAUCUUUUACAACGCGGUCUCAAGCUUUAUCCUAUAUUUUGCAUGAUUAUUUGCAUAAACUGAAUAACAUCCUCAUAUAUUAUACAAAGACUAUUCAAAUGAAGGCUGAAAACAAAUGACUUUGUAUAUAGAUCAAACCCAGCUCGUAUACUACAUCUUACAAUAGGUGCCUUUGUUGAUUUAGCUAGUUGUCAUAUGCCUUAAAGUGAAUUGUGUGCGCGUGUGUGUAUGUGUGUAUUUACUAAUAAAGGGCCAGUAUGAGUGAAUAUUUUAGUCAAAAAUAAAUAGGAUCACUUGAUAAGCCUUCCAUUGAAACAUAUCAUGAUUGUUUUUUGCCUUAAUUUAAUUUUGGUAUUCUCCCAUAUUGCUUAUAAAGGGUUUUUAUUUUGUAUCUUAACACUGUAAGGGAACUCUAGCACCACUAACAGUAACUUAUGUAUAGGCCUUAUUACAUAGAAUAAGCGUUUAAUGUGUACAAAUGUAUUGUAGCAGUUCAGGUAAGGUUAUUGUCAUGUUAGUGUAGCACUUACAUAGAGUUUAUGAUGAGAUUUUGUUUUGGGUUUUUUUUCUGUGGCGGUGAGACUGUCCAAAGCUGCUCCACUGCAUUCCCUACACUGUUUGUGUGUGUGUGUGUGUGUGUGUGUGAGAGAGAGAUGGUAGGUUCCUUUAAGUGGAUCAUUCUUCAGGCCACUGUGUUUGCUUGACCUUUGGUUUGGAUUAGCAGAUAGGUGUCCUUUAAUAGGGUCUUAGCUUGGGCACAGAUGGCUUUUGGGCCGUGUUGAUCUCCAGAUCAGCUUGUUCCUGUGUAAAUAGAGCCUAAUUUGCGUUAAGACGUGAUGUGGCUGGAAAAACAGGUUUUUGGGAGGCAGAUUCCAACACUGAUGUGGUGCCUUCGUCAAACCUUUAUGUAGCAGUAUUGUUUGGCUAUUAAAACGCAGCAUGGCGAGCAACAUUUAUUGAUGUAUUUAAGAGAAAUGGAGUGAAAGCUGUGGAGAUCCGGUCAUCUGUGCUCAUGGUGCUCUUUCUGUAAAUGUUGUCUCCAUUGUUUUCUCUCAUCGAGACCAAAGGCAUUGAUUUAAAGUGGAAAUCUGGGUCAUUGUGUUAGUUUGCUCACUGUGAAUGAGAUGUUCAUUCGUUUUGCCUGAAAAAAGUUGUCAUUGCACUGUUUUGACACUGAGCAGUGAGUGUGUGUUGGAAGGUGACGAAGGCUUUGCAAGCCAAUUGCUUUUGUUUUCCUCAAGCUUUGAUUCAAGCCUGGUACUACGUUUUAGUUUUGUAUCCGUAGUCACUUUCUUUUUAUAUAUAAAACUGUAUUUUCUGCAUUUUAUAAGAAGACUCAACCAAAUUAAUGAUUGUCAGAGAAUGUUCCAUAUGAAUAAUAAUAAAAAAAGAUUUUGAAGCCA